AUGAAUCGAAUUUUUACCUUCGUCUUUAUUUCCUUGAUCUUGGCAUCAUCAUUCGUCAAAUCAACUCCAUUGGAAAAACGCCAAGAACCUUCUUCAAGCGACUUUAAAAUAUGCGAUGGAGACUACGCAAUAAGCCUAACUUCAAUGAAGAUAUCUCCAGAUCCUAUUGUCACGGGUCAAAAUAUGACCGUUAACAUGGUUGGUAAUACGGCCGCAGUUAUUGAAAAUGGUGCAAUUGUUAGGAUCUAUCAUGAUCCUAAUGGAAAUAGCAACACCCUGAUGAACCAAAGAAUGUUGAAACUACAAUCUACACGAGAUUCACCAGUAUGUAAAUGA